AUGUCCUGGUUUAGCGGCCUUCUGGUCCCCAAAGUGGAUGAACGGAAAACGGCCUGGGGGGAACGCAAUGGGCAGAAGCGCCCUCGUCACAGGACUCGGACCGGUGGCCUCUGCGCACCCCGCUACAUGAGCUGCCUCCGGGAUGCACAGCCGCCCAGCCCGACCCCCGCAGCCCCACCCCAGUGCCCCUGGCAGGAGGAGCCCUUCAUCCGGAGGGGUGGCCCCGGCAAGGGCACCGAGCUGGGGCUGCGGGCCGUGGCCCUGGGCUUUGAGGACCCUGAGACGACGGUGGCGGUCGGGGCGGCUGAGGUGGCGCCCGAGGGAGCACCCAGGAGCAGGCGGUCCUGCUGGCGCCGGCUGGUGCAGGUGUUCCAGUCCAAGCAGUUCCGCUCGGCCAAGCUGGAGCGCCUGUACCAGCGGUACUUCUUCCAGAUGAACCAGAGCAGCCUCACGCUGCUGAUGGCGGUGCUCGUGCUGCUCACCGCCGUGCUGCUGGCCUUCCACGCCGCGCCCGCCCGCCCUCAGCCCGCCUACGUGGCCCUGCUGGCCUGCGCGGCCGUCCUCUUCGUGGUGCUCAUGGUGGUGUGCAACCAGCACAGCUUCCGCCAGGACUCCAUGUGGGUGGUGAGCUACGUGGUGCUGGGCAUCCUGGCGGCCGUGCAGGUUGGGGGCGCCUUGGCAGCCAACCCCCACAGCCCGUCUGCGGGCCUCUGGUGCCCCGUGUUCUUCGUCUACAUCACCUACACGCUCCUGCCCAUCCGCAUGCGGGCAGCUGUCUUCAGUGGCCUGGGCCUCUCCGUCUUGCAUUUGAUCUUGGCUUGGCAACUCAACCGUGGUGACGCCUUCCUCUGGAAGCAGCUCGGUGCCAACAUGCUGCUGUUCCUCUGCACCAAUGUCAUCGGCAUCUGCACGCACUACCCGGCGGAGGUGUCUCAGCGACAGGCCUUUCAGGAGACGCGCGGCUACAUCCAAGCCCGGUUGCACCUGCAGCACGAGAACCGGCAGCAGGAGCGGCUACUGCUAUCAGUGUUGCCCCAGCACGUUGCCAUGGAGAUGAAAGAAGACAUUAACACAAAGAAAGAAGACAUGAUGUUCCAUAAGAUCUACAUCCAGAAGCAUGACAACGUCAGCAUCCUGUUUGCGGACAUCGAAGGUUUCACCAGCCUGGCAUCCCAGUGCACCGCGCAGGAGCUGGUCAUGACCCUGAAUGAGCUCUUUGCCCGGUUUGACAAGCUGGCUGCGGAAAAUCACUGCCUGAGGAUCAAGAUCUUAGGGGACUGUUACUACUGCGUGUCAGGAUUGCCCGAGGCCCGGACAGACCACGCCCACUGCUGUGUGGAGAUGGGGGUGGACAUGAUCGAGGCCAUCUCGCUGGUGCGUGAGGUGACAGGUGUGAACGUGAACAUGCGCGUGGGCAUCCACAGCGGGCGCGUGCACUGCGGUGUCCUUGGCCUGCGGAAAUGGCAAUUCGAUGUGUGGUCCAAUGACGUGACUCUGGCCAACCACAUGGAGGCGGGGGGCCGGGCCGGCCGCAUCCACAUCACCCGGGCCACGCUGCAGUACCUGAACGGGGACUAUGAGGUGGAGCCGGGCCACGGCGGCGAGCGCAACGCGUACCUUAAGGAGCAGCACAUCGAGACCUUCCUCAUCCUGGGCACCAGCCAGAAACGGAAAGAGGAGAAGGCCAUGCUGGCCAAGCUGCAGCGGACACGGGCCAACUCCAUGGAGGGGCUGAUGCCACGCUGGGUGCCUGAUCGAGCCUUCUCCCGGACCAAGGACUCCAAGGCUUUUCGCCAGAUGGGCAUUGAUGAUUCCAGCAAAGACAACCGGGGAGCUCAAGAUGCUCUGAACCCCGAGGACGAGGUAGACGAGUUCCUGGGCCGCGCCAUCGACGCCCGCAGCAUCGACCAGCUGCGCAAGGACCACGUGCGCCGGUUCCUGCUCACCUUCCAGAGGGAGGAUCUUGAGAAGAAGUAUUCGCAGAAAGUGGAUCCCCGUUUCGGAGCCUACGUGGCCUGUGCCCUGUUGGUCUUCUGCUUCAUCUGCUUCAUCCAGCUCCUCGUCUUCCCACACUCAACGCUGAUGCUUGGGAUCUAUGUCGGGAUCUUCCUGCUGCUGCUGAUCACGGUGCUGAUUUGCGCCGUGUACUCCUGUGGCUCUCUUUUCCCCGAGGCCCUGCAACGCCUGUCACGCAGCAUUGUCCGCUCGCGGGCACACAGCACCGCAGUGGGCAUCUUCUCAGUCCUGCUUGUGUUCACCACCGCCAUCGCCAACAUGUUCACCUGCAACCACACGCCCAUACGAACCUGCGCGGCGAGGAUGCUGAACGUGACACCUGCCGACAUCACCGCCUGCCACCUGCAGCAGCUCAAUUACUCCCUGGGUCUUGAUACUCCCCUGUGUGAGGGCACCGCCCCCACCUGCAGCUUCCCUGAGUACUUCGUCGGGAACAUGCUGCUGAGUCUGUUGGCCAGCUCUGUCUUCCUGCACAUCAGUAGCAUCGGGAAGUUGGCCAUGAUCUUCAUCCUGGGGCUCAUCUAUCUGGUGCUGCUUCUGCUGGGCCCCCCAGCCACCAUCUUUGACAACUAUGAUCUGCUGCUUGGCGUCCAUGGCUUGGCUGCUUCCAAUGAAACCAUCGAUGGGCUGGACUGCCCAGCUGCAGGGAGGGUGGCACUCAAAUACAUGACCCCCGUGAUUCUGCUGGUGUUUGCACUGGCGCUGUAUCUGCACGCUCAGCAGGUGGAAUCAACUGCCCGCCUGGACUUCCUCUGGAAACUGCAGGCAACCGGGGAGAAGGAGGAUAUGGAGGAGCUCCAGGCCUACAACCGGAGGCUGCUGCACAACAUUCUGCCCAAGGAUGUGGCCGCCCACUUCCUGGCCCGGGAGCGCCGGAACGAUGAGCUCUACUACCAGUCCUGCGAGUGCGUGGCCGUCAUGUUCGCCUCCAUCGCCAACUUCUCCGAGUUCUACGUGGAGCUGGAGGCCAACAACGAGGGCGUGGAGUGCCUGCGGCUGCUCAACGAGAUCAUCGCUGACUUUGAUGAGAUCAUCAGUGAGGAGCGGUUCCGGCAGCUGGAGAAGAUCAAGACGAUUGGCAGCACCUACAUGGCUGCCUCGGGGCUGAACGCCAGCACCUAUGACCAGGUGGGCCGCUCCCACAUCACUGCCCUCGCGGACUACGCCAUGCGGCUGAUGGAGCAGAUGAAGCACAUCAAUGAGCACUCCUUCAACAAUUUCCAGAUGAAGAUUGGACUGAACAUGGGCCCCGUCGUGGCAGGCGUCAUUGGGGCUCGGAAGCCACAGUAUGACAUCUGGGGGAACACAGUGAAUGUCUCUAGCCGGAUGGACAGCACAGGGGUUCCUGACCGGAUCCAGGUGACCACGGACCUGUACCAGGUUCUAGCUGCCAAGGGCUACCAGCUGGAGUGUCGAGGGGUGGUCAAGGUGAAGGGCAAAGGAGAGAUGACCACUUACUUCCUCAAUGGGGGCCCCAGCAGUUAG